UAUGUGUAUAUAAAUAUAGUAUAAUAUACAUGUAUACAUUCAUAAUAUUUGUUGGCCAUUAUCUCAUCCCAGUGUCUCGUGGACCGCGUACUCCGGUCUUUUUCGCGUGUUUAUAGUGGAACAUUAUUAUUAUUUGUUUAUCAAUAUUUUCGUUUAAUAAACACAAUGCCGACUUAUCGCCGUGUAAAAGCCAAUAAAUAAAUAGACUAAUAUUACAAUAUCACGGUAAUAGGUUUUUGUUUUUUUUUUUUAAUCUUAUUUACCGCAUUCGACUCGUACCGUGAAAUGUGUUUGCCUGAGUACCAAAAACCUAUCGACGAUUUGCCCGUAUCCGACGAAGAAGUCGACGAAGUGGACAACGACGAAGAACAAGUCGAUGGCGAUGCCGAUGCCGAACGGUCGUCGUCCAGUAACGGUUCCACAUCGGACUCGAGCAUAGUCAGUUGGAUAAGCGAACACGACUAUGCCAACGAUCUUUUCGACGGUGACGUAUCAAUGUCCGACGACAGCGACGAUAUUGACAAUAUGGGAGACGACACAGACGGGACAUCAGACGACGGCGACGACGACGAUGAUCAAAACUUAGUGCCUAACGGAUGUGACGAUGACGACGACAGUGACAGUAAUGACGAUGAUGACGACGAUGAAGACGAAGAAGAAGAAGAAGAUGAUGUUGUAGCCGCUUUCCUUGCUGCCAGUUCGACAAGAAAUAGAAACCAUCCGCCAAAUUUGAACGUCGGCAGUAACGUCCUCGUCAGUGCGUUGUCUUUUCAUCCGUGCACCAAUGUCAUUGCAUUCGGUUUGUCAAACGGUGAUAUAUCUAUGUACACUUACAACAACGAAAGGAAUGAACACUUGAGGACCAACGAUAAUGUUCAUUUGAAGAAAGUCAUGAUUUUAGAAUUUGACGAAUCUGGACAGAGCAUUUAUUCGGCUUGUAAAGAAAACAAUGUAUCGGUGUCCGACAUUGAAACUGGCAAAAUGAAAGUGUAUUUUGAAAAAGCUCAUAAAGACGGAGGUUUUAUAACGUCGUUGUGUCUUCUCGACGAAAACUCGUUCGCUACUGGUGACGAAGACGGCAUAGUAAACGUGUGGGACGUAAGAGCGCACGGUUGUCGAUUUUCAUUGAAAAAAACCGACGACAGUAUAAACUCUAUAAUUGCUUUAGACGACAAGAGUCGGCUGGCUUGCGCUUCGAGCGACGGCGUUUUGACUGUUAUAGAUUUAGCUACGAAAAAAAUGAUUUUACAGUCCGAACCCUACAAAUCGGUGUUGACGAGUUGCGUGACGAUGAAGCGUAAAACAAAGGUGGUGUGCGGCACAGGCGAGGGAUCGUUGAUCACGUUCAACGCCGGCGACUACGCCGUGUACAACGACGAAUUCCCUUGUGUCGACAAAGGGGCCGUCGUCAACAAGUUAGUGCCCGUCACCGAGAAUAUCGUCUUGAGCGCUUUGGACAACGGAAAAAUCAGGGCGACAAAUCUAUUUCCCAACUGUCAUCUGGGUAUAGUCGGACACCAUCAGGCGACGUCCGUCGAUAUGUUGGACAUAUCCGAUAACGGACGACUCAUCGCCUCGUCUUCGUGUUUCAGUAACAUCGUCAAGUUUUGGAAUAUAGAAUUUUUCGAAGAUUUCGAUAUCAAAAAGCAUUUAAAGACUGUCAACGCCAAAGACUUUAACCUUCCGUCGUCGAACGCCGUCAACGCUACGGACUUCUUCUCUGGCCUUCAAUAAUAAAAACAAAAUAAAAGUCGUCUACUACGUUUAAAAAAUGUAAAUAACAUCGUUGUGUCUAAAAAUAUUGUAAAAAUGAAUAUAAUUAUAUAUUGCUAUUAAUCUUG